AUGAAGUUCUCAAUCGCCAUCAUCGCAACCCUCCUCACCCUCACCAGCGCAGUCGUGCUGCCUCGAGCACCUCAGAAUGGCAAUCGCCCAACGCCCUCAGGUCAAUGCUGUGUGGCGAAUACAUCGCUGAAGCAGGAUACAUGCACUGCCUCGAACGGUCAAACCGGAAGGUGUGUGCCAGGUGGCAAUGCAUGCGGCGGUUCUCUGUCCUGCGUCGAGCAGUCGAAUCUGGAGUGCGACAACAACGUCAUUGAGCGUGGCAAGUCGCUUUGCCGUGCCAUCGCAGGAAAUGGAGGCUUGUUCGAUGGUGCCAACAUCAUCCAAGACCUCUCACAGGCGACGGUGAACUAG